GUUUCUUCGUAUAUCUACCCAGCUAGGUCAUAUUACUCAUUUCAUCUGUUUGUAAUAUACUUUCAGUACAUGAUACGUACGGUGGUUGAACUUUUAGUGAAAGACUUGCAAAUUAAUUGCAUCUACAAUUCUAUUGUUGUUUGUCAACAAUUGUACGCAAUUUGUUUGUUUAUAUUUUUCGAUUGUUCAGAGGUAACUCAUCAUACAUUUUUACUCUCGGAUAUUGACAUAUAUAUAUAAUAUAUGUUUUCAAUUUAGACUUGUUUAUAUAUAUACAUGUAUAUAUAUCCGCUUUCGAGAUUAUCUGUUCAUCUAAAGGAUUAAAUUUUUAAAGAGAUUAGUCAAUUAUCUUUCAGUGAAUUAAUUAUGACAAUAGUUCACGACAUCUAGGUGAAAAAACUUUUAUUUUGUAAACACCAAAGAUCAUUCUGUGUAUUUGUAUGUCAACGUCUAUAGACUUAUCAGUUUACAACAGACCUUGAACAUUUGACCAUGUUCAGAACUUCGCUUUCACGAUGGACAUCAAAUUAUUUAGGAGGAUUAAUAUCAAACAGAAUAUUUCAUUUUGGAAUAACAAAUAAUUUGGCUUUGGAAUCCACGAAUUAUAAAGUCGACUUAAGCCAGGGACUUUACGGAGACAGUGAUAGUACCGUAAAUAUCCGGGAGGCGACUUUGUCUGAUUAUAAUACUGUUAUAGCCAUUCCACAUCAGAACAAUACAACUGACCACCUGGUAGAUAGAUACUGUUCUUUCAUUAGUCGCAAAACGAAUACAGGAUAUGUGGCAAAUGUAGAUGGAAAAGAUGUAGGAUUUCUGCUAACACACCUUAUCGACGAUGGCUCAACAUUGGUGCUGGAUAAGCUGCGAGUCAAACAAGAUAGCGAUAAUAAGAAAAUAAAGAAAGCUGUAUACGAGCACAUUAAACAGACACAAGAUCCUACGAUAAAAACUGCUUCAAUGACCCCUCACCCUGAAAUGACUGGCACAUAUGUACUAGAAGAAUGUUCAGAUAAAGAAUGGAACUUAGUAACAGUAAAGACGAAAGAAACUUUCCACACAAAGAUAACGGACCUACAUGAAAAACUGAAAAAGCACAGUAUUCAGUUGAAAUCAUCAAAACGCUUAUUUGGGCAUGACGUGAAGAAAGUCGUCAGUUUUCCCGAAUCGUAUCGGCAUCUUUUCAAAGAUGAACGACUUCUCAAAUCAGACAUUCUUUAUAAGCCGGUAGUUUCAAACGUUGACUUGGUUAUUGACAAAAGAACUCUUGUUGUUGGUUCAAAUAUGUCAAGUUCUCCAUCGGUGCUGCUGUCAUUCGGGACGUAUUCAUACACAACAGAAGGAUUGCAUUACAAUCUCAGUUUCAAUGGAAAUAUGAACGAAUGCGUUGAUGAACAUUUAUUUAUCCACAUGAUUUCUCUGUUAAACCGCGGGAAUAGGAACGUUACUUUCGAAAUCUAUGUUGAUGAAUCAAAAGACAUGUUACCAGUUGAGGAGAGUUUGAAAAUUUACAGUUUUCAGAAAAACAAGAUAGACAACCAAAACAAUGUUGGAUGGUACGAGAAAUCUUUGUGCUAAUUACACUAGUGACAUACCGGGAUUAUUUCUUUGUUAAUAUGAAUGUGAAUAUUAAUAUUGUGUUCUUCUUUAUUUUAUAAUUUGCAUGUUUCUCAUAAUGAUAACAUUUUUAAUAAAAACUAGAUUUGA